AGGAAGGAUAAAGCAAAACGCAGAAAAAGGAACGCUCAUUUCCGGUUGCAAAACCAUAACCGUGGAGAUCAGGCGAGCUGUUGCACGCAGUAAUGAGAUUAGAGACUGAGUCGCAUACCAGGCAUUCAUCGAAGUUUCACUACGACGCGACGCUGUGGUCCCGGAGACCAUCGAUCGAAACUAAGCGCUGCCUCGGCUCCAUUACGCUCUGCCAAAUGACCAUGUUCUAACGAUGCCGGCCGAUAACAUGUUCCCUGGUCUCGCCUUACCAGGCCAGAAACCUGACCAGGUGUUAAUCACCCCGUCUUCCACGGACAAACUGUUACUCCCUGUAGCCAACAUCACUACAACAUCUGCAACCAGUGCGGUAUCCUCUGCAGCCCUCCGAAAAGUUCCACUGCUGUCACCGGAGUGGGCAGAUAAAGCUGCCGUUGAGCUUAACGAGAAGCCAGAAACCGUCCAAACAAACAUCAGCUCCCUCAGAAGCAUGGUACUAGCUGAGACGCAUCUCCACGUGCGGACAGACGACGCCUUCCUUCUGAGAUUCCUUCGAGCUCGGAAGUUCAACUGCGCCGAAGCGUUCCGCAUGUUACAGCGGUACUACAUCAUGAAACUCCGGUGUCCUGAGCUGUUCAAAACUCCGCGCCCGUCGGAGAAGCAGCACAUCCUGGAGAUGCAAGCUCAGAACAUGCUGGAAGACCGGGACAGCAACGGUCGCAGAGUGUACAUAUUUCGAGUAGAGAAGUGCGAUGCCGCGAAUGUGAGCAUUGAGGACAUUUUCCGCACAAAUCUCUUGGCACUGGAGCACAUCGUCCAGGAACCGGAGACACAGAUAGCAGGUCUCGCCGUCAUUGUGGACAUGAACGGCUUCGGUUUCCAGCACGCCAAGUUCCUCUCGCCGUACUAUGCCCGUCGCACCGUCGACGUCAUACAGGAGACAUUUCCGCUGAGGUUCAAAGGAUUCCACGUGAUAAAUCAGCCGUUCUACUUUGACGCUGUGUUCGCUGUGCUGAAACCCUUCCUCAAGGAAAAGAUACGAAGACGGAUCUACUUGCACGGUAGAGACUUAAUCUCUCUGCACGCGUUCAUCAGCCCAGAAAUCCUGCCGGCAGAAUAUGGAGGCAGGAAGCCUAGUUUCGACAACAAGGGAUGGAGAUUGUCGCUUCUGGCGAACGAGGACAAGUUUGUUGAACUGGAGACUUAUGGAUAUAAAGUCGAAGAUUUAUCAGAAUAGGAAGUACAAUGACUCUUUACUGUGGAUUCUAUACCCAAGACUUGUGGAAGUCACUUCCAUUCUUUUACAGAACCAUUUGCAGUGAGACAGCGCGUUUAAGAUGUUGAAAGAGAGGGUUACUGACAUUGUUUCCUGAUCGAUUCAAUGUAUUCUUGUUCCACCUUAAACGCUUUUCAUUUUUUUACCUGGAUUUCGAAACAGACGCUUUAAAAGUCAGUAAAUUUAGCUUAAGUUUAGUUUCAUUAAGUUUCUCACUUGGCUGUGGUAAAUAUUACAAAAUAUAGAUACACAUAUUUACGUCUUUAAAAUUAAUUUGCAAACUAAGUCUUUAUUAAUGAAGCCAUUGGUGUGGGUAUUAUGAAGCGUGCGUAAAAAAUUGACUUUAAAAUAAAUUGUACAUAUCAUUAUAUUAACUAAGGUAUUAUGGUCUUUUGGAUUGUGACGCCGUGUAGUACUGUAGGUGGCUACCAAUAUUCCUACAGAAGGAGACCACAUGGUUUCACAGCCCAGAAAACAACAACAUUUUCACCUACCUCAUUGCAUUACUUGUAUAAACGGUCUCAAAGAUUAUGUCGUCCCUGCUGAUAAACCAGAAAAAAUAAUUUUUAAUUUAGAUACAUUUCUCUGCGGGGAAAACUUUAGAAUAUUUGUUUAGUAAACAUUCUAUGCACUACGUAUUCACCUACUUUUCAAAUUUAUUGAAUAUGAUGAUAUAUGAGUAUUAUAAGUCACAAUGAGGCUCACACAGCUAUCAACAGACGACAGAACACUACCAAAUUUGAUUUUAGUUGUAGACCUGUGUUACGUUUAUAUGCACAUAGCAACUGCUAUUAUAGAAGUGAAAUAUCUACACCACAACGCAUGGGUGUAAGAAGUUAUUAAAUGCAGGUAUUAAAAUGCAUUCUCUAUGCCAUUAAACAAGUAAAUCCUUUUAAAAUAUUUACACAAAAGUAAGACAUAGCACUCGCCAUAAACAUGCAGGAAGCUCACGCAUAAAUCUUCAUUCUGUGCUCACUGUUUGCUGAGCAAAGUGCUUACUGUCAUUAAGUACGUUGGUCUAAUUCAGAAUCCCUAUCCUAACUUCACAAAUUAAAUUCCGUUUUCAAAUUGGCACACCUAACAGACUUAGGAAAUUUCGUGAAUGUUAAGAUAGUGAAUAAACAGCUUUAAAAAUCAUAUUAAUGCUUAUAACUAAGUGAGAUAUCUGAAUUCGACACACAGUUCAUAUUUAUUUAAAUUCUAAUAUUAAGUUACCAUAAUGACAGUGGAACUGCUUGCGAGGGUAACUUUUAUUUUAAUUGUUGAUUGCUCUAGUGCUGAUAUAAUAAAGUGAAAUAGAAGGACGGUCUAAAGCCUUAAAUUUGGCUUUCAUUUCGAAGUUUUGUUUAAGGAUAUUAAAAUAUUAAAAAGUACUGUAAUUAUAUUUCUGUACACAAUGUAUAAAUUAAGAAAAUGUCUUCAUAUCUUGUACAAUUUAUAUCUUAGUACAUAAUCCAUUAUGUAAAUGACAAUUUUUGAAACAUUAAUCCAUUACGUAUGUAAAUCUGUGUUUGCGGGUAUGUAUUACUGAACACGUACGUAUGUGAUUAUACAUGUACCAACGCUUGUGUAUAUCAAAUCUCAAGAUUGACCGAAGAAAAUAUAUUCUACAGCUUUGUCCUUUGCAUA